AUGGAAAUAGCAAUGAAAUCUUGUAUUGAACAUUUAUCGAUUGAAUUAUGGAUUGAAAUCUUUUCUUAUUUGGAAGCACAUGUUCUUCUUCAAGCUUUUACUAAUUUAAAUCAUUAUUUUGAUCAAUUAAUUGCUUCGAAUUAUCUUUUAUUUAAUGUUCAUUUAGGAAAAAGUAAUCGAAAUCCUUUAGAAUAUUCUAUUCAACCGUAUUGGCCUGAGAAAAUACUCAAUCGUAUUAUUAGUAUUCAACCCAUUAUUCAACAUAAAAUAUCACACAUACCUGAAUUUCUUCGAUGGCAUUGUACAAAGCUUAUUCAAUUAAAAUCUUUAACAAUGAAAUUACGUGGACGAGAAAUAGCACAUGUAUGUAGUGCUUUACAGCAACUCAAUUCACUUCAUUAUCUUUCUAUUGAAUGCGUACCAAAUCAAAUAUUACUUGAUAGUAUUCUCGCUAUACCUACGCUUCAUAUUUGUCGAUUAGAAUUUUUACGACCAACUACAUCAAUCAAUUGUUAUUCGAAUAAUAUUAGUAAUAUAGAAGUACUUGAUAUUAAACUUCAAGAUGAUUCAUAUGGUUCUAUUAUUAAUUUGCUUUUAAGUCAUAUGCCAAAAUUAAAAAGACUUGAAUAUAAUAAUUAUGAUAUUUAUGUUAAAAAUCGAGAAUGGAUCUUUUUUAAACCAUUAUUUAUUCUUUCACAACUUCGAACUAUUCAAGCUCAAUGGUCUUCAAAUUAUUCUUCUUCAAGUAUUUUUCAAAAUUUACAUCAAAAUUUGCCUGUUCUAAAAUGUUUCUAUCUCAAUAUGAAUUUUGAUUUUAUAAAUGAAGAUUUAUUGAAUAAUUUAAUUUUUCAUUGGUGGCCAAUUUUUCUAAAAAUAGAACGAAUCAAUAUAUUUAUUAGAUGUCAACAAAAUUUAAUAAUGAUUACUGAUGACAUGCAAACAAAUUUCGACACAUUUCAGUCGGUUUUGCUUGAUAUGAAUAAACAAUAUGAUGAAUUUGUCAAAACUGAAUGGACUGAAAAAUCUUAUACAACAUCGAAAGUUAUUGAAAUCUCUAUUUGUAAAUUUUGCUGA